CGAAGUCCGCAGCCAAACACACAUCCCGAGCGUCAGCACUGCUUCUUAUAAAUCACCCGGCGAGGAGCCAGAACUGACAUUUCUUAUGCACGACACAAACUUUCUCUGCAGAGAGUUAUCUUUAACUCCAAAACGAAGCAUCUGAAGACUGUGUGCUCUGGAGCCUUUGGAAAUGCUCCAUUUCUUCUGUGUUGCCUGCAUAGAAAACUCCCAAGUCUGCCCCGGGUAAAGAUUUCUUACAAGAAGGAAACGCCUUCAGAAGGGCCUUAUCCUUCGUGUCAGGCAAGUUGUCCCAGCAAGCAAAGCGGCUCUUGGGAAAGAGCGAAAUCCCCCUUUGGUCUCUCCCCAGGCUCUUGCAGUCCUGAGUGUCACGGGGCUUGCUUUAUGCCACUAAAAGAAAGACAUUGCACUCAAUAAAAGCUUUAUUUUAAUAAGAUGCCUUCAUCGGGUUGGAACGAAAGGCGUGGUUUUCUCGAGGGGUCUCAAAGCCUCGUCCUCGCUAACAGUGCAAGCGCCUGGGUGUGCUUCCACCCGGGGCAGCAAGCCCACGAGCUGCCCCACGUUUUGUCACGCCACGGUCCUCUGCCUCGCGGGGCCGGAGGGGCCAAGGGCACUGGAGGCAUUUGGGCACGAGAAGCCUCCUGCCACCGACAGCUUCGCAGGAAAAAAAUGAUGUUAUUCUCGGUUCUUAUCUGCUUAUCGGGCUGGGUGUGGGUGGCAAUGGCUCCCGAGGCCAGGUCCCAGGCUGGAAGGAGGCCGAGGAGGGAGCUCCCCCUGUGCUCCCUCCUUUCCUCCUCCACUGACCGACCGCUUCUCCUGGGCAACGCAGUUUCUGUUUUUCCUGGAAUCAAAGAGCUGAAACCUCCCCACUGGCCCUCUCUGCUCACUCAUCUCGAGAUAUUUUGUUUUAAUCCCGUCGGUUUGGAGGGCAGAAGAAUUACUGUCUUCCUCAGCACUACCGAAACUGGUUAUCACACCUUCUCCGCAAGGGGAAUGAAAACCAAGCAUAACGACACCAGUGACCUGAUAUCGGUUCCAGCGCUUGGAGGGAAAUUUGGAAAAGCCGUUCCCCGGGAAUUCCCUGUGUUCGCAUGCUCAUUGCUGCUGCGGCUUUCGAAAAUGCCGCGCAGCAGCCACAGGCCGUGCAUGCUGGGGAAGAGCACGUUGCUCCGGGGGAGGAAGGCGGCGCAGGGUGAGCACGGGCCGAAGCGGAGCCCCUCGAGCCGGGUGGCGCAGCUCAGCGCACCCCGCCCGCCGCCCGCUUCUCGGUUCCGCUGCAGCCGGCGGCUGCCGUUGCCCCGCCGAAGGCCGGGGGGCGGGUCGGCCCCCGGCCGGGGAGCCCGGCACCUGCCGCCCCGACACGCCCGAAGUCUUCCCGGUCUUGCGCUGCCCGGGCUUCGCAAGCAGAUGGAGAACGGCCGGACGGGAGGGCGACGUCCCUUUGCUGGGAGGAAAUCGGCUCCAGCCCCCCCAUGCUCCGAGUGCGACAACCGCCUCCACGGAGGGGAAUAAAACCCUUAGCCGAAGUGGGUUCACCUCCACGCACCCCCGUCUCAGCUCUACCUUCGCCCCCACACGCCCACCUCCUCAGUAGCUUCACUUUUCCCGAAGAAGCCAGGGCUUGGAGUGGCUCCCAGGAGUCCAAGGACCACAUUUAAUUCUUGCUUGGGUCGGGAUCUCUGCUCUGUUUCAGGGCCAAAAUUUGGAUCCCGUCCCAUACGAUUAUUCUGUCCACCGAAGAAGUUGUGCUUCCCCCCCAAAACUGCCUCAGGUCUGAGCGGAGUUUAAUAGCAAAACUUUUUCCUCCAUAACUCCGCAGAAGUGAGCUCUCUCGGAGCUAAUUUUGCAGCUCCAGGUAGCUGUAUUUUAAUGAUAUAAAGCACCCCCUUAAUGUAACAGUGGUGUGAGAUCAUGCUGCAAAAUUAUCAGACAAUACGAAAUAAAUGGUUCAAGGAUGAAAUAGACAUCUAUCCUUUUUUUUUUUCUUACUUUUUUUUUUCCGUUUUACAUCCAUAAAUCAUCUAUUGUAAGUAUUGUUUAAAUAUAAUACAUUCAAUUUAAGCGCGAACACAAUAUAAUACAAACAGCACUCCUGGAAUCAAAUUAGAAACCGAUUUAUUUUGUAAGGGAAAUUACAUGAGAGUUGCUUUGAAUCUCUAUAAUCACUUUCUGUACUUUCUGUUGUUUUAUGCAAAAAA